GAGUAAUUCGUAGUCGUGUUGAGAUAGUGGAACUACUUCAAGAGAUGUACAUAUUGUAGGAGUGAUUUGUUCCAGAAUUACUUCGAUAUUAUUGUCGAAUCCAGCCAUAACAGCAAGCUUCCUGUUCACGAAAACAUGUGUAAAAGGAAGGCUCCCGAAUAUCUGCACAUAAAGGAAACAAUGUGGUUCACCAGCACGGCGUAUCAGGAAGUAUCCGAGUAGAGGACCCGAGAAAUUCUUAGCGCCAACUUUCGGCACGACUUCAUCUGAUAAUGUGUUUUUCACGUAGGCGAAGCAGUUGAGCCAAUCAUGGAACUGUAUGAACGACGAGCAAUUAGGGAAAGGCAUGAGAUCUUGCUUGUUGAUGAAAUUAUAACAAUUACUAAAACGGAGCCAAUACUCAUGGAAAUCAAUUAA